AGCAAGAAGAAAUCUGUUGUGUGUACAAUCCUGAGCAGCUGUACAUAAGUGUCAGUUACGCCUGCUUUGUGUUGUGAUUGACGUAUUUGGCUGAUCACGUCGCUCUGAAACUGCUGCCGGCUGUCAUUCCUGGCUGAAAUCCACUUUUUCGACCCUUAACUUUGUCAGUUAAAUCACUGUCACCAUGUCUGGAACUGUGAAAGUCUGUGAAAUCUCGGAUGAAGUCAGAGAGGCAAUGAAGAAAUUCCGCUUUCGCAAACAUGAUAACAAUGCAGCUCUUGUGUUGAAAGUCGAACGUGAGAAACAGUUGAUUUGUGUGGAAGAUCUCUUUGAGGAUAUUAGUUUGGAAGAUUUGAGAGAAUCUCUUCCUGGACACCAACCUCGCUAUGUUGUGUACAGCUAUCGCAUGGAACACGAUGAUGGUCGUGUGUCAUUUCCACUCUGCUUCAUUUACAUUACACCUCGUGAUUCACAAAUGGAACUUCAGGUGAUGUAUGCUGGUAGUAAGUUAGCAUUGCAAAAAGAAGCAGAUCUGACAAGAGUAUAUGAAGUCCGUGAGCUUGAGGAACUGACGGAUGAAUGGCUGCAGGAAAAGCUCUCAAAGUAACAAGGAAGACAAACUUGUGUCAGAUUUACCAAAUUUGUACGAACUUUCAAUGUAGGUAGAUAUUAUAAUGGUUGUGUCUUGUGUCAUUUAUCUAUUCAAGAGCUUUUGUACAUAUGUCAUUGUAAAUCUUGCCAACACACUCUUCCUUUUUUAUUACAAUGCUCUUGAUACCUGAUGUCCAAAAUGAACUGCAUUUCUUUAUUUUUAAAUUUUUUUUACAUUCACUUUUUAACAUCCCAAAAAUUUUAAACUAUGUAUACUACUGUGAUUCAUGUCCUUGUUUUUUUCCCUUGAAAGUAUUUUCUGUGCAGUAUUUCCAGAGGUUUCACCAAUUAUAAAUUGCUCAUCUUUCUCUACCUACUGCACAACUUCUUUUCAAAUUGCUCAAAAGUGUCACUCAUAGAAGGUGUGUUUGGAGCAUUGCUUCUGGUUAUUGCUUUUUUUGUUUUUCAAAAAACUCAUGUGUUGUGCUGGCAUAAAUCCUAUGGUUGUGUUCUAGAUAUCAUGACUUGAUUCAAGAUGAUUGUUUUUUUCAGAAAGUGUUGAUUUUUAUACAUUUCAAUAUGUUUCAAUUGUGAGUGUUUUUGUAAAUACUGUAGGACACAGGUGAUACUCUUCUAUUCCGUUCCAAAAACAGACAAGAAAAAAGUGCCAGAUGUUCUGUUGUUGUGCAGUGACUGACAAUCUGCCUUCCAUCCAUUAAAACUGUUUUUUUUUUCCUGAUAGUCGUAGAUUAUCUUCGGUAUAUCAUGUGAUAUUUUGAGAAUGACGUAAUCUUUUGUCUUGUUACAUUUCUAUUCAAGUGAUUUUUUAACAAAAUUCUGUGUUCAGCCUCUUUAAAUUUUUGUUGUUUUUCUUCUUGUUUUAAAUAAUUUUACAUCAGAAUUGUUUGAACUGUUUGUUUGCAAUAUGCAAGAAACUAGUGAUCCUAAAAAUACCAAUUUACCAAAUUACCUAGUCAGAAAUUAGUGUGUUCUCUCGUUCUCUGGGGUAUAUUUUCUGUAUGCUUUUAUUGUUAUCUUAUGUGUUCUUUACAUGUGCUCUUCCUCCUCAUUUGUUUUUACUUGUGAAUUGGUUAUCAGCAUAUCUGCUUAUAUUUUUAACAGCUAAGAACAACCCGGGUUUUCUACUUUUUUAAAUAUUUAGCUUUUUAAAAAAUAACUUAUAAGAAUUUCAAGACAAGUAUUAUAUGUAUGUUAGCACAAGCAACUUCCGUGUUUCUGUAGAUUGAUGUUCUGUCAAAUUAAAUGAAUAAAAACUGUGUUUCAUGUUGACAGACGG